UCCCAAAUCAACUACACGUCCAUCUUCGAGUCAUAUCCUCGAUCCUCCUAGCACGUAUAGCGCACAUAUCCUAAGUGCGCCACACCAUUCACGUAUUAGUCAAGGCCCUCCCGCAAAGGUCUCUCCUUUAUUCCCCCAUUUAUCUCACCCACGCGGAUUUGACUCAUAGUACCUAGGCUCUCUCAUCAACUUCCUUUUCAAGCGCUCACAUUGCUGGCAAGGCCCCUCAGUGUAUCCCAGUGAUCUCCAACCACAACCAACUGGAUUCAUACCAUGGAUGUCGAACCGACGAAUCAGUGGCGGUUUGCCCAGUGUUUUGGUGACAAGGGGGAGGUGGAAGACAUUACCGAAGCCGAUAUCAUCUCAACUGUCGAGUUUGACCAUACUGGCGAUUAUCUCGCUACUGGUGAUAAAGGCGGCCGUGUGGUGUUGUUUGAGCGGAAUGAGCAGAAACGGGGGUGCGAAUACAAGUUCUACACGGAAUUUCAAUCACACGAACCGGAGUUUGAUUAUCUUAAAUCACUUGAAAUCGAAGAGAAAAUCAACCGCAUCAAAUGGUGUAAAAGGCAGAAUGCCGCUCAUUUUUUGCUGAGUACCAAUGACAAAACUAUCAAACUCUGGAAGGUCUUUGACAAACAGAUCCGGGUGGUAGCCGAGAACAAUCAUACCGAUGGGUAUGGCAGUGGUACCGGACCAUCACAACCACCUCUGCGUCUUCCCCGAAUGACCACUCAUGAUUCAAUUACUGCGGCCGUCCCCCGAAAGGUCUAUGCCAACGCUCACGCCUAUCACAUCAAUUCCAUAUCGGUCAACUCAGAUGGUGAAACAUACAUCUCCGCUGACGACCUGAGAAUUAAUCUGUGGAACCUGGAUAUUAGCGACCAGAGCUUUAACAUUGUCGACAUAAAGCCCGUCAACAUGGAGGAACUCACGGAAGUCAUUACUGCAGCCGAGUUUCACCCGAUACAUUGCAAUCUUUUCAUGUACUCAAGCUCGAAAGGCACCAUUAAGUUGGCCGAUAUGAGAGAUUCGGCAUUGUGCGAUCAGCACGCGAAGCUUUUCGAGGAAGAAGAAGAUCCUUCUCAAAAAUCCUUCUUCUCUGAGAUUAUCUCUUCUAUCUCGGACGUCAAAUUCUCUCAGGAUGGGCGAUACAUACUGUCCCGAGACUAUUUGACGCUUAAGAUAUGGGACAUCAACAUGGACAGCAAGCCUGUGAAAACCAUCAACAUUCACGAUCAUCUCCGACAGAAAUUAUGUGACCUUUAUGAGAACGAUUGCAUCUUCGAUAAAUUUGAGUGUACUUUCAGUGGCGACGGCAGCCAAGUCCUGACCGGCUCAUACCACAACUACUUCCGAAUUUACGAUGUCAACGGAGACAACGACGUUGUUCUUCAAGCGGAUAAAUCGGCUUUCAAAGCAAAGAAGAUUGGAGGAUCACGUGGAAAGGUGCCCGGCAAGAAGGAAGGGCUGCAAACCGAAGGGAUCGAUUUUGCAAAGAAAAUUUUGCAUGCUAGCUGGCACCCACGCGAGAAUACUAUUGCUAUUGCUGCUACGAACAAUCUCUUUUUGUAUUCUACAUUAUCAUGAUUGUCGCAAAGCAGUCAAAUCAGCCUCUAGAUACCCAAUCUCGCAUUUACACCAAUCAAAUAUCAAAGUAUCCGUUCACCAGCUUCAUGGAGCUUAUCCACGAUUCAAUACUUAUUUCGUCAUGUUGACACUCGUUCCUUCAUUCAUUUAGUAUCCCUUUUACAUCUUUUAACAUAAUCGCAGACUUUUUCACUUCCCUCUAGUGCCGUAAUACUGCGAGCUCAUGAGCUUAUUUUCACGGCUUUUGCGGUAGUCUCUGACAGAUUAUUCUUUAAUGGCUGGUCGGAGGCGAUAACUUUUCAACAUCCUCUAGAUAGAAAUGGUGCGAGAAUAGGCUCGUUUAGCAACGGAUGGUGGAUGAAAAAGAAGGAUUAUUAUGAAUAGAAAUUGGAAGCAAUAAUGG